GAUGUAAAAUUAACGGUUUCGAUCCGAUAAACACUCAACCCUACUCAUUGGGUCAUGGAUCACUUUCUUGUUCAUAGGGUUGCAUGCCCAAGGCCCACUCAACCUCUCGGGUUAAGAAAUGACCAUUGGUAAUCCAAGGUUGGUAAAAGGCCCAAUCAUGACUCUGAAUGGCGUGUACAAUUGGUCUCACUAAAACUCUCUAAUCUGCAAGACCGUCUGAUCACAUAAAAAUGCUCCUCCACUACAUGUUUCAGUCACAUAAUUAACAUUAUACAAUAAUUUUCCUUCGGAUCUUUGAAGAUUUCCCAUUGCCACAAAUCACAAUGUGUCCAAGAGUUGAUCAGGUCCGUUUGAUGAGAAAGAAACGGAAACUGCCCCCAGAAAAACUGUGAUUCUGUUCCAGCAAUCUCAGCUGUCCUCGCACGUGCCUCCUCCUUUAAACAAUCUGCACUUAGCAGUGCCUUGGAUUUUUUUCCAACUCCACAGUCCUCCCUUCUUCAUCUCUCAUGCAUAUAUUGAGCAAAAUAGACUGAACCCUAUAUGUUCUCUCUCGUAUGUGAUGAAGAGAAAGAUUGAUCACACUCGCAUUGUUCUCAUACUCUUCUUUUGCCUCAGCACUGCUACUACUGCCCAAGAACCCCAUAUUUUCCACAAUGCAGGCUUAACAGACUCCCACAUCAAGCAAAGGCGGCUCCUUAAUGACGGUUCCAGAGGUGAGACUGUCACAAUGUCACCCUCGCUUAUUUUUCCCAACCCGAGAAUCAAGACUGCCUACAUUGCCCUCCAAGCAUGGAAGCAAGCCAUGCUCUCAGACCCUCUGGGACACACAGCCAACUGGGUUGGAUCCAAUGUCUGCAACUACACUGGAGUCUUCUGUGCUGAAGCUCUCGACCACCCAACAAUAGAAACAGUCGCUGGCAUCGAUCUAAACCAUGCUGACAUUGCCGGGUACCUCCCAGAAGAGCUUGGCCAUCUUUCAGACAUUGCAUUGUUUCACGUGAACUCCAAUCGUUUCUGUGGCACUGUCCCAAAGAGUUUCAGCAAGUUGAAGCUUCUUCAUGAGCUUGAUCUAAGUAAUAACCGGUUUGCUGGGAAAUUCCCUCUUGUUGUUCUUCAACUGCCAGUACUUAAAUACCUUGACAUUCGGUUCAAUGAAUUUGAAGGUAGAAUUCCCAAGGAACUAUUUGAUAAGCAUCUUGAUGCCAUCUUCCUCAACGACAACAGAUUCGCCUAUGAACUGCCACAUAAUUUAGGAAACUCGCCGGUCUCAGUUAUUGUUCUUGCAAACAAUAAGUUCCACGGAUGUUUACCGGCCAGCCUUGGCAACAUGUCCAAGAACUUAAACGAGCUGAUCCUUACUAGAAAUGGGUUGUACUCCUGUUUGCCAGAGGAAAUAGGAAUGCUCAAGAAUCUUACUGUGUUAGAUGUGAGUCAUAAUGGUCUUUUCGGUGAGUUGCCACACGCACUAGGUGAAAUGUUGAGCUUGGAGGAGCUGAAUGUGGCUCAUAACAACCUUACAGGGACUAUACCAGAGAGCAUUUGUGGGCUUCCAAAUCUGAAAAGUUUUAGCUUUGGGUACAACUUUUUCACAGGUGAGCCACCAGUGUGUUUAGAUUUGGAAGAGUUUGAUGAUAGCAGGAAUUGUUUGCGGCGUAGGCCAAAGCAGAGAUCCAUGUUGCAAUGUAAAUUAUUUUUGUCCAAGUCUGUUGGUUGUAGUUCUUUUCGAUGCCAACCAUCACCGCCGCCACCAUCUUCUCCCCCGCCGCCGCCACAACCACAGCAUUCUCCUCCACCACCACAUUCUCCUCCACCGCCACCACCUUCUCCACCGCCGCCAUCCCCACCACCUCCAGUAUACUGCAUUCACGCUCCACCUCCCCCUCCACCAAAUUUCCCGCCACCACCUCCACCAAGUCCUCACUACAAUUCACCACCACCCCCAUCAUCGUCUCCACCAAACUCUCCUCCACCCCCAUCUCCGCCACCAUCUCCACCAACUUCUCCCCCAUCACCAUCUUAUCCAUCCCCACCUCCACCACCCCCUUUACCUCCUUGUAAAGAACCUUCUCCACCUCCGUCUCCACCACCAUGUCUGGAAUAUUCUCCACCUCCACCACCUACUCCAGCAUGAGAUUGCCUGUUGCCACCAAUUAUUGCCAUCAUGGGGCACCACCUCCACCAUUUUACUAGUGAAUCCUUCAAUUUCUUCUCCACCUCCUAGACAGCUUAGACACGUAUACAGUUUAGUUACUUCCAUGACCUGGAAAAGCAUUUCCACAUCUGGUGUAAAUUGCCAUGAAUUCUUCAUCUCUACAACUGCAAACAAAGACGCAGGAAACAAAUGAGAUCAUCAAUUUCCCACGAGGAUAAGGUGAACAGAAGGCGAAUGGGAGCACGGAGCAUAGAAAAGGGUUCUAUUUUUAUUUUUUUCCUUAUUUGAAACAUCUAUGUUUC